CCUCCCUCCCUCCUCUUUCUUUCUGUGUCCCUGUCUGUCUCUCUAUCCCCGCGCUCGCUCGUUCAUGAAUGUCACCUCUAUCUCUGGGAAAUGCUGUAUUCAUCAAACCCCUGUCUUCUCCCCUUCUUCUCUCAGGGUGAGGGUGAUCGUAAGGGGGAUGCCGGGAGAGCUUGAAAGACAGAGAGGAAACAAGCCGCCCUCCGUCCAGCAGCGUCCGUCUGCAUCCCUUCAUCCUCAACCCAGCUUGCAGAGCUGAAACCUCAGGUCAGACGGUCCCCCACUUUUUCUUCCACUUCUCUUGUGCUGUCAUUGUUGCGGAUGGGGACAUUUUACAGGUGAUGGACAGAACGAAAAGGAGCUGUGGUGUGUCCUGACAGUGUCCCUCCUGUUAUUUGGGAGAGUUGAUAUUCAGACAUUUUUGGUUCAGGCGCUUCUGAUCUGCAGGACUGAGCAGGUUAAGUGGACUCAGUGUGAUUUUUGUGUGGGUCUGGUUUUGUCAUGCGGCGAAUGGUUCUGUUGCUGAACCCUUUCGGACGGGAUUGAGUCAAACUUCACUGGAGCUCCAGGGGUAUUCUCGGACUGGGACAGAGGCACCGGGAGAUAUCGGCUAGAGUGCGUUGGUUUUUGUGGUGGAUAACAACAUGACUUGUCCUAAAAGAGGAAUAGUGACGUAUCAAAGCUUCACCUGAACCUCACUCCGAACCAGAAAACAUCCAACUUAAACGACCUUUAAAGGCUAUCGCUCAUCAGUUCAAACCUCAACGAGCGCCAGUUGUCAGUUUUGGGUAGAUCUUGAAGGGAUCCACCCUUCUUUCCUCCUCCACCUCCUCCUCUUCUUCCCUUCUUCUCUUUUUUGCCUUUGUCCCCCGUUGCUUUGGUCCAUCCUUAAGAAGCUCCCUCCUCCGCUCUGCACCCCUCCCUCAGCGGUGCUCCGUCGCCCUGGGUGAGCGGGCAGGGGGGUGGCCCACGGUACCCCCCGACACCUGGGCGCCACCGAGCCGCCAGAGGCUGGUGAGGCGGCGGCAGGGUCAGCGCUGGGAAGAUGGCCGCUCUCGCCAGCUCCCUCAUUCGCCAGCGCAGGGAGGUCAAGGACCCCCAGGCAAACCGGCAGAUCGCCAGCAAGCGCAAGCCCUGCCCAAAGAGCAACAAGUCACUCUGCCAGAAGCAAAUCCUCAUAUUAAUAUCAAAGGUUCGACUAUGUGGCAGUCGAGGGAGAAAAAUGGAAAAAAGACCAGAGCCCCAGCUGAAGGGCAUCGUCACGCGGCUUUACUGCAGACACGGCUUCUACCUCCAGAUGCUGCCGGAUGGCACCAUGGAAGGCACAAAGGACGAAAGCAGCUCCUUCUGUAAGUGA